CCCUCUCUAGUCUCGGGCGUUGCAAUUUUAUCAAAAUGGCGGCCGCCGGUGAUGUGUUGGAAGUUUUGGAAACCAGAAUAAAAUGUCUUGAAGAUCGAAUAUACGGGAGUGAAUCAAGUCUAGGCAAAGAGGCAAACAAUCCUGAGGUAUUAAAAACUCUGGGCGGUGUGAAACAAUCACUGGAUGGACUUACAACUGGGAAGGAACGCAUCCAAGCACUGUGGAAAAGAUUAGAGGAACUGAACAGUAAUCUGGAUCCUGAACUGACAGACAAGUUGACUCUGACUGAAGAUGCUAAAGCAGACAUUAUAUUAGCAGAGGAAGCACAGCUCAAGAAACUGGCAGGGUUGCUGGAGAAACUCCAGGGCAUGAAGGGCACACUGGACAGUGAACAUACCAAAGGAGCCCCAGCAUUCCGAGACAAACUUCAACCUCUUGUGACAGUACAACUGGACCAAAAGGAACGUGCACAAAAGCAGAAUCAGGAGGUCAACGAACUAUUGGAAGCAUACAACAACAUCAUCACACUGAUAUCCCAGCAGUUCGUCCAAUGGGACGCCGUGAUGACCCGCUAUGAGGUUGCGAAGAAGGUCCGGGAACCUAGUGAAUAUUACUGAGAGGCGCAGUACUUGAUGCCGCCUGUCUCUUGCUCCAGUUCUUCAGUAAAAGUCACUUAAUUUAUUGAGGAUUAAAACUUCAAACCAUGCCUUGUAAAUAAGAACACAUGCACUGCUUCAUAUUUUAUUUGAUUUUUUUAAAAUUAGCCAGGAUACUCUUUUCAGAUCCUGAUAUCCAUAAACAAGAAAAUUUCAGUUCAAUUAAAAUCAUAGAUCUUUUUUUUUGUUAAUUUUCAAAUCUCAAGUUCUUUUGUUUAAAGGGGCACUAGGUCCUGAAAUCUUAGAAAAUGUCAUGUUUUGGAUCGUUUACUUAUCCUAUUUCAAACAUCUGGUUGAAAGGAAACCAACAUAAUGUCUUACCGUUUCCCGAAAAAAGACAGGAAAAAACGGUUGUUUACAUCGGACACGACGGAGUACGAAUAUGUUUUUUCUGUCGUGCACAAUGUACGACAUACACUUGUGUCAUGUGUCUACAGGUACACAGCAUCGUGCUUGCGAACAGCAGUGACCAAUUACCAGUGCACAACAUGUGGUUUCUUACACGUCCGCAAAAGGCGAACACUUUACGGAUGAAAUCACAACUAGCACCCAAACAGCUCAACUUUUUGGGGUCGCAAACAGAACCCCAAAAGUCUUUUUGGCACGCGUAAAACAGGAAUAACACAAAAACGCCCAGCUUUUAACGGAUAGUUGUGUGGAUGUUUAUAUCCUACUUUUCAAUGUUCUUUCCGAUGAACAUCAUUUCGUUCAAAGCGCGUUUUGUAGCCCAAUUGGGCUGUUCCAGGAUGCAGUAUCCCUUUAAUUAAUAAGGCAAGGCAUUGCAAGUGAAAGUUGUGUGUAUUGCAGUAGCAUUAACCAGCAUCGUGACAUUUGAAACUCGCAAGUUGAGAUAAUUUACUGACAUUAAAUGUUGGUUUCUGUUUCAGAACAUACAACUGUUUCUUUAUAAAUCACAUCAAAUGUCUUCACAAUCAUUUUCCCUAGUGAGUGACUGUUAUUUGUUGAGAUAAAAGAUCGAAAGUUUAUAUAACAAGGCUCCCUGUUUUGCUUGUAAGGUGAAACUAUGGUGUUAAGAUUUUCAAGUGCAAUAAAGUAGCAUAACGAUUUUAGAGUAUUGUGUGUAUUGAGCCAAACGAUUAGGCCACGUCCAAAAAUAAACCAGUUUCUCAUCCCUGUACCACUUUUCUUUUCGCAGCCUCUUUUUUUUCCUUUUUU